CUGCUGCCGCCGCUGGGGAGCGCCGCCGCCGCCGCGGAGCCGCGCCAGGUGUUCCGGGUGCUGGAGGAGCAGCCGCCCGGCACCUGGGUGGGCACCAUCGCCACCCGGCCCGGCUUCACCUACCGCCUGAGCGAGCACCACGAGCUCUUCGCCAUCAACGCCACCUCGGGCGCGCUGCACACCCGCGCCACCAUCGACCGCGAGAGCCUGGCCAGCGACGUGGUGGACCUGGUGGUGCUCUCCAGCCAGCCCACCUACCCCAGCGAGGUGCGCGUCCUGGUGCUCGACCUCAACGACAACGCGCCCGUCUUCCCCGACCCCUCCAUCGUGGUGACUUUCAAGGAGGACACGGGYAGCGGGCGCCAGCUCAUCCUGGACACCGCCACCGACGCCGACAGCGGCACCAACGGCGUGGACCACGGCUCCUAUCGGAUUGUGGCCGGCAACGAGGAGGGCCGCUUCCGCCUCAACAUCACCCUCAACCCCAGCGGCGAGGGCGCUUUCUUGCACCUGGUUUCCCGCGGAGGGCUGGACCGGGAGGCCACCCCCACCUACCAGCUGUUGGUGCAGGUGGAGGACAAGGGCGAGCCCCGUCGGCGSGGGUACCUUCAGGUCAACGUCACCGUCCAGGACAUCAAUGACAACCCGCCCRUCUUCAGCCAGACGCUUUACCAGGCGCGAGUMCCUGAGGAUGCGCCCGUCGGGGCCAGCGUUCUCCAGGUCACCGCGGCCGAUGCCGACGAAGGCACCAACGCUGACAUCCGCUACCGUCUGGAGGGAGGCGAUGGUAGCGGCAGCGGUGCUGGGGAUGGGGCCGGCAGCCUCCCCUUCGAGGUGGACCCYGAGAGCGGGGUGAUCCGCAUCCGUGAGCGCUUGGACUACGAGAUGCGGCAGCAGUACUCGCUGACCGUGCAGGCCAUGGACCGCGGGGUGCCGGCGCUGAGCGGCCGGGCCGAGGCCCUCAUCCGCCUGCUCGACGUCAACGACAACGAGCCCCGGGUSAAGUUCCGCUACUUCCCGGCCACCUCCCGCUUUGCCUCUGUGGAUGAGAACGCGGCCCCUGGCACGGUGGUGGCCCUGCUGACGGUGAGCGAUGCYGACUCUCCCGCGGCCAACGGGAACAUCUCGGUGUCGAUCCUGGCGGGGAACGAGCAGCGGCACUUCGAGGUGCACAGCAGUAAGGUACCCAACCUCAGCCUUAUCAAGGUGGCGGCCGCGCUGGACCGGGAGCGCAUCCCAUCCUAUAACCUUACCGUGGCAGUGGCCGAUAACUAYGGGGCCCCACCGCCACCUCCAGGCUCCCCCACUUCUGCCUUUUCCCCCGACGGAGCGGUGGCGGCUCCCGUGAGCCGCUCCUCGGUCGCCAGCYUGGUGAUCUUUGUGAAUGACAUCAACGACCACCCGCCCGUGUUCGGGCAGUCGGUGUACAGGGUGAACAUCAGCGAGGACGUGCCCCUGGGCAGUUAUGUUCGGGGCCUGAGUGCCACGGACCGUGAUUCGGGCCUCAACGCCAACCUCAAGUACAGCAUCGUGUCGGGCAACGAGCUGGGCUGGUUCCGCAUCAGCGAGCACAGCGGGCUGGUCACCACGGCCGGCCCCGAGGGUGGCACUGCCGGGCACAUGGCAGGCACAGCCAGUUCCAGCAGGCUGGACCGGGAGACCGCUUCUCAGGUGGUGCUCAACAUCAGUGCCCGUGAUCAGGGGGUACAGCCCAAAUUCUCCUACGCACAGCUGGUGGUCACCAUCCUGGAUGUCAAUGACAAYAAACCUCGCUUUGGUCAACCUGAGGGCUACCAGGUGUCCUUGGCUGAAAACUCCCCAUCAGGAACUGAGCUGCUGGUCCUGAGCGCCACUGAUGGGGACCUGGGGGACAAUGGGACUGUUCGUUUCUCCCUGCAGGAAGSUGAGCCAGCGCUGGCAGCAGUUGGCCCCGCUCCUGUGACCCUUCGYCAGAUGUUUCGCUUGGAUCCAGUUUCAGGCAAGCUCAGCACCAUCUCACAGCUGGACCGGGAGGAGCAGUCUCACUUUUCCCUGCAGGUCCUGGCCACUGAUUUGGGCUCUCCUCCCCUUUCUUCCAUAGCCCGAGUUAAUGUGACCAUCCUGGAUGUGAAUGACAAYAGCCCUGUGUUUUACCCCGUUCAAUAUUUUGCCCAUAUCCAAGAGAAUGAGCCAGCUGGAACCUAUGUGACCACAGUGUCUGCCACGGACCCUGACCUGGGACCCAAUGGGACAGUCAAGUACAGCAUCUCAGCUGGAGAUACCUCCAGGUUUCAGGUCCAUGGGCAAACAGGGGUCAUCACAACAAAAAUAGCCCUCGACAGGGAGGAGAAAACUGCCUACCAGUUGCAGAUCGUGGCCACUGAUGGUGGCCAUCUUCAGUCRCAGAACCAAGCCAUCGUCACCAUCACUGUCUUGGACACCCAGGACAACCCACCUGUUUUCAGCCAGGGCACGUACAGUUUUGUUGUCUUUGAAAAYGUUGCUCUGGGUUACCACGUGGGUACUGUUUAUGCCUCCACCAUGGACCUCAACACCAACAUCAGUUACCUCAUUACGACAGGUGACCAGAGGGGCAUGUUUGCCAUCAACAGGGCGACAGGGCAGAUCACCACAGCCAGUAUUAUUGACAGGGAGGAGCAAGCRUUUUACCAGCUGAAGGUGGUCGCUAGAGGUGGGGCGAUAACUGGUGAUGCCGUGGUCAAUAUAACUGUCAAAGAUUUAAAUGACAACUCCCCACACUUCGUGCACGUGGUGGAAAGUGUCAAUGUGGUUGAGAACUGGAAAGCUGGGCAUACUAUAUUCCAGGCCAAAGCUCUUGAUCCCGAUGAAGGUGUUAAUGGUGUGGUCCUUUACAGCCUUAAGCAAAACCCAAAGGGCUUGUUUUCAAUCAAUGAACAAACUGGUGCUAUAAGCUUAACGGGGCCACUAGACAUAAAUGCUGGCUCUUACCAGGUUGAAAUCCUGGCCUCGGAUAUGGGAGUGCCACAGCUGUCCUCCAACUUUAUCCUGACUGUCUCUGUCCAUGAUGUAAACGAUAACCCGCCUGUGUUCGACCAGCUUUCAUAUCAAGUCACUAUUUUGGAGUCAGAGCCUGURAAUUCCAGGUUCUUUAAAGUGCAGGCUUCUGACAAAGACUCCGGAGUGAACGGUGAAAUAGCUUACAGCAUAAUUGAAGGAAAUGCUGGGGAUGCCUUUGGCAUAUUCCCAGAUGGUCAGCUGUAUAUAAAAAGUGAACUGGACCGUGAACUUCAGGAAAGAUAUGUUUUGCUGGUUGUCGCUUCUGACAGAGCGGUAGAACCCCUCAAUGCUACUGUGAAUGUUACUGUGAUUCUGGAGGAUGUAAAUGAUAACAGGCCCCUGUUCAACAGUACCACCUACGUGUUUUAUUUUGAAGAGGAGCAGAGAGGAGGGUCCUAUGUAGGUAAAAUAAAUGCUGUAGAUAAAGACUUUGGGCCAAAUGGGGAGGUCAGGUAUUCGUUUGAGCAUAUGCAGCCAGAUUUUGAGCUGAACACAGUAACUGGGGAGAUCAGAAGCACUCAUCAGUUUGACAGAGAAGCUCUUAUGAGGCAGAGGGGAGCUGCAGUCUUUAGUCUCACAGUAAUAGCAACAGAUCAGGGGUUGCCAAAGCCUUUAAAGGAUCAGGCAACUGUACAGAUCUACAUGAAAGACAUCAAUGAUAAUGCCCCCAAAUUUUUGAAAGAUCUUUACCAAGCUACUAUAUCUGAAUUGGCAGCAAACCUGACACAGGUGCURAGAGUUUCUGCCUCAGAUGUUGAUGAAGGGGUUAAUGGGUUGAUUCACUACUCUGUAAUCAAGGGGAAUGAAGAAAAUCAGUUUGCAAUAGACAGCAGCACAGGCCAAGUGACCUUAGUAGGCAAGCUAGAUCAUGAGGCUACUGCAUCCUAUUCCCUUGUCAUCCAAGCCGUGGACUCUGGAGCUGUUUCCCUGAGCUCAACUUGCAUGUUGAGCAUUGAUGUAUUGGAUGAAAAUGACAACAGUCCUUCCUUCCCUAAAUCAACCUUGUUAGUGGAUGUCUUGGAAAACAUGAGGGUUGGUGAACUGGUGUCCUCCGUCACUGCCACCGAUUCUGAUUCAGGUGACAAUGCUGACCUCCACUAUAGCAUUACGGGGACAAACAAUCACGGGACCUUUAGCAUCAGUCCCAACACGGGGAGUAUUUUUCUYGCCAAGAAACUGGACUUUGAGACUCAAUCUCUGUAUAAGCUAAACAUAACGGCRAAAGACCAAGGCAGGCCCCCGCGGUCGUCUACGAUGUCAGUGGUGAUACACGUUAGGGAUUUCAAUGAUAACCCUCCUCAUUUUCCUCCGGGAGACAUCUUCAAGUCGAUUGUUGAGAACGUUCCUGUYGGCAGCUCGGUGAUUUCCGUGACUGCCCAGGAUCCAGAUGCGGAUAUUAACGGGCAGCUAACRUAUGCAAUCAUCCAGCAGAUGCCCAGGGGGAAUCACUUCCGGAUAGAUGAGGUGAGRGGGACCAUAUUUACCAACGCUGAGAUCGAUCGGGAGUUUGCCAAUCUCUUUGAGUUAAYGGUCAAAGCCACCGAUCAGGCCGUUCCUGUGGAGUCCAGGCGCUUUGCUCUCAAGAACGUGACCAUUCUGGUGACGGACCAAAAUGACAACGUCCCCGUGUUCGUGUCGCAAAACGCCCUCGCGGCCGACCCCUCGGUUGUGAUCGGUUCAAUCCUAACCACAAUUAUCGCUGCGGAUCCUGAUGAGGGUGCCAAUGGGGAGGUGGAAUAUGAGAUAGUCAAUGGAGACACCGAGACUUUCAUUGUGGAUCGYUACAGCGGAGAUUUAAGAGUGGCCUCGGCCUUGGUGCCUUCUCAGCUCAUGUACAAUCUCAUCGUUUCUGCCACCGACCUCGGCCCCGAGAGGAGAAAAUCCACCACUGAGAUGACYAUAAUUCUGCAAGGGGUCGAUGGGCCUGUUUUCACUCAGCCAAAGUACAUCACCAUCCUGAAAGAGGGCGAGCCCAUCGGGACAAACGUGAUAUCCCUGGAGGCRGCGAGCCCGCGGGGCUCCGAGGCUCAGGUGGAAUAUUACAUCGUGUCCGUUCGCUGCGAUGACCGGAGCCUGGGGCGCCUCUUCACCAUCGGGCGCCACACCGGGGUCAUCCAGACYGCUGCCAUUCUGGACAGGGAGCAGGGAGCACGGCUCUACUUGGUGGAUGUUUAUGCCAUUGAAAAGUCGUCUGUUUUGCCCCGCACGCAACGAGCAGAG